GAAAUAUCAUACGAUUUUACGUUGACAUUGUUGACAAUUGUUUUGUUUUUGCGAAUUUUUGAAGCCACGUGUCGCUAAUGUAAUCUAGUGCCUUGAACUGUAAACAGGUUUGUUUACCUACAUUGCCUUUGACUAUUUAUAGUUUCAUCUUUAUUAUUUUAUUGCUAUGAUCUGUUCAUUACCUAUCUACCUACCAAUAUACUUAUUAUUACUUAUCAACUACAAUGCAAAAAUGUUUUCGUUUCUGUUUCUAUAAAAGCCCAAAGCAGGAACUUUUCCUUUAGUUAUAUUCAAGAGACGUGAGUGGUCAACGACGCAACUCGUAACCCGUGUUAAAAGUUUCGUUUCGUAACUGGUUUGUCUAUGCGUAACUCCUACUUAAUAAAAGUUUGAAGUUUUUAUUGUUUAUUUAUAUCGUUGUUGUGGAUUCGGCCCAUUUAGACAUUUUUUUUUUGGUGUUGGUGAAGUGAAGGAUAAAAACAGGGGCAUCUAAAGUUGUGUGCUACAGUAGAUGAGUUACAUUUUUAAAAUGUCGACUAUUACUAAAAAUUUAUCAAAUUGUCGAAGAUGUCGUGUCUCAACAGUCUCGCCCAUCAAAAGCAAAAGGCGUUUGAACUCCGGAUCUUCAAAUGUGGUAGACAUGGCGAAAAUGCAUGCUAAAAGCAUAGUUAUGAACCAGUGGAGGCUCAUAAAUGAACUCAAAUCGUAUUUUUCCAAGUUCACCAAUGAUAAGACUUUCGAAAAUGCAUUAAACAAAGAGUUUGCUCAGUUUUUGCAGAAAGUUGACCCAAAAACGUAUGGUACCGAUUUUAUGAGAUAUUUCACCUCACAGACAGAAAUAAUGCCCAAAAAGGAAGAAAACAAAGAAACAAAACAGGAACAAAGUAGAUUAUCCCUGCCAGCAGUUUUGAGUGGGCUGAAUAUCAAUAUUGGUAAUAAUAAGGAACAGGAGAAGAAAGAUAAUUUGCCUAGAUGGAAGACUUGUAAUAGAGUUGUCUCAAAUGAAGCCAUUACUUCCAGGACAAAUCAAGUGAUAUCAGCCUUAGCUUUGGCUGAAACUGAUAGUACCAAAUUGAGGAGAAUUGAAGACCUUAUCUCUCAUCUAGUUCAAUACCCAGAAGCAAAGCACAAUGCUGUGAAAGAAGGAGGUAUUCGUACCUUACUGAGAAUCAGGGAAUCUACCAAAGAGCAGAAUCUUCUAUGUGCCCUCAAUGUAGCUUUUGCAUUGCUUGGCCAUGCUGACCCUGUACCAGGUGUUGGAAUUAGGGUGUUGUCUAUUGAUGGAGGUGGGGUGAGGGGUGUUUUAGUAAUUGAAAUGCUCAGGAAAUUGCAGGAGCUUUCAGGAAAACCAAUUUAUGAAAUGUUUGAUUUCAUCUGUGGGGUCAGCACUGGAGCUAUAAUUGCCACACUAUUAGUAUUGAAACAAAAAAGUUUGGAUGAAGUAGUGGAUAUCUACAAAACUAUUAGUACCAAAAUCUUCACACAAUCAACAUUGAAGGGCACCAGCAACCUAGUUUGGAGUCAGUCCUACUAUGAUACAGCUUUAUGGGAAAAACUACUUAUGGACCAGUGGAAGGAUAAGUUGUUGAUUGAUACACGCCGAAAUUUGACAGUACCUAAUUUUUGUGCAGUAUCUGCAGUAGUGAAUCAAUCUCGACUGUCAGCAUACAUAUUCAGAAACUAUUCCUUACCUUGCAAAGUGCAAUCUCAGUACAUGGGAGGCUACAACCACCAAGUUUGGGAGUCUGUGAGAGCCUCUGCUGCUGCACCCACCUAUUUUGAAGAAUACAAAAUAGGGAAUAUGCUACUCCAGGACGGUGGUAUAUUGGUGAAUAACCCUACAGCAGUAGCAAUACAUGAAGCCAAAUUACUUUGGCCCAAUACACCUAUACAGUGUGUCGUCUCGUUCGGAACCGGCAGGACCGUUCCGAAUCCAGUGGAACCUUCAGAGCCAAUCAGUACACCUAUCAGUUCUUCAUGGAAAAAGAAGUUUUUCGCCAUAUUGGAUAGUGCCACCGACACAGAAGGUGUUCACACAAUGCUGUCAGAUUUGCUCCCAGGCAAUGUCUACUACCGUUUCAACCCCUACCUCACCGAAAUGCUGGACAUAGCGGAAAUCGACCCCAAUAAACUGGAACAACUGAAGAGGGACACCCUGAUGUAUCUCAGGAGAAACGAAGAUAAAUUCCAAGACGCCGUCAAGGUUUUGGAUCAAAAGAAACCGUUGACAAAGAAAGCCUUGGACUGGUUAAACUUGAAGAAGGAGAUUUAUGGGUUCAAUCAGUCAAUAAGUUGAAAAAUUGCGUUUGGGCGAUUUUGUAGAUCAGUUGACCUGUGAUGGAAUUUAGAAUAAUUUUUAAAAGUAUUACACCUUACAUUGUUGGAUAUUUUCUUAUGCAUAAAUGGAAUUUUUUCAUUUUUGGUUUGUUUUUAUUCUAAAAACAAUCAACACUAUGGAACUACAUUCAUGAUAAAUGAAAAUUUAAUGUUCAAUUGAUACACUUUGCCAUUGUAUGUUGGAUAUUUUCUUAUACAUAAAUGGAAAUUUUAUAUUUUUGUUUUGUUUUAUUAAAAAAAAUGAACACUGGAACUACAUUUAUGAAAAAUUAUGAAAAUUUUAUGUUCGAUUGUUACACUUUGUUGUGAGUCACACACAUAUUUCAAAAUUGAAACUAAUCUCUGUUCCUACAAACUCUUAUGGAAGUUUUUCCCAUCACAACAAUUAUACCAUCAUCCUGUAAAUCUUUGAGGGCAUCUUCGUACUGUUCC